AUGAUCCUGCGAGCUCAGAAGACGAAGCAGUUUGAAAUCGAGAAGCCCUGGUAUAUCAUCAAUCCUGACAGCAGCUCCUUGUUCACGGUCUGGCAAGGCCUCAGUUUCCUGGCGCUGACAUUUGUCGCUCUGAUCACACCGAUACAAGUCGGCCUCAUCGCGGAGUACAAAUUCGAUACGCUUGCCGCGGUGAGCUUGUGUGUGGACGGCAUUUUUCUCGUGGAUCUGCUGAUGCAGUUUUGCACGACCUACUCCAAGAAAACGGUGCGCGGGACGAUCUGGGAGACCAAGGUGUCGGCAAUCUCACAGCAGUACCUGAGAUCUUGGUUCGUCCUGGAUGUCAUGUCCUUGUUUCCCUUCGAUUUGAUCGGCUUGAUGAUCGGCGGAAGCGGCGGCAAUAACUUCUCGGAGCUCAAAAGCAUCAAGGUUCUCCGAGUGCUGAGACUUCUGAAGCUGACGCGGUUGCUCAAGGGGUCGAA